UUGUAACGCAAACGCGGAUUCCCAAUCUCUCUUGUUUAAGAAAGAGAGGGGGUCGGUCAAGUCAGGUCAGGUCACACAAAAACAAUGGCCUCUCAGUAUGCAAAACACUCUGUUUUGCUCUGCUUCCGCAUUGUUUUCAGCUGCUUCUUUUUGCCCCAAAUUUUCUUGUUCAAUGCAAGAUUGGCUUCUGCUCAGACUCCAGCUUACGCCUGUGCAUCGGGGAAUUAUACGUUCUGCGAUACGUCGCUGGACGUGAAAAUCAGGGUGGAUGAUCUAGUCAAGAUGCUGACAUUGCAGGAGAAGGUUGCAAACUUGGUGGAUGGUGCUGCAGGGGUGAGCAGGCUCGGAAUACCGAAAUAUGAAUGGUGGUCCGAGAUUUUACACGGAGUUUCUAACACUGGUCCGGGAGUUCAUUUUACUAGUUUGGUGCCCGGUGCCACCAGCUUCCCUCAAGUUAUACUAACUGCAGCUUCUUUCAAUAAAUCCCUUUUCGAAAUCAUUGGGAAGGUGGUCUCCACGGAAGGCAGAGCAAUGUACAAUGUAGGAUUAGCAGGGUUGACGUAUUGGUCGCCGAAUGUGAAUAUAUUUCGCGACCCCAGAUGGGGAAGAGGGCAGGAAACACCAGGGGAAGAUCCCACGCUCACUAGCAAUUACGCAGCAGCUUUUGUUAGAGGUCUACAGCAGAGAGAUGACGGUGAUAAAGACAGGCUCAAGGUUGCUUCUUGCUGCAAACACUAUACUGCCUAUGAUUUGGAUAAUUGGAAAGGAAUUCAAAGAUACACCUUUAAUGCCUUGGUUACACAACAAGAUUUGGACGAUACAUUUCAACCUCCAUUCAAGAGCUGUGUUCUUGAUGGAAAUGUUGCUAGUGUCAUGUGUUCGUAUAACCAAGUAAAUGGCAAGCCAACCUGCGGUGAUCCAGACCUCCUCUCAGGCAUAGUUCGUGGAAAGUGGAACUUGAAUGGGUACAUAGUUACUGACUGUGACUCUUUAGAUGUGAUUUUCAACAACCAACACUACACCAAAACGCCAGAAGAGACCGUAGCUCUGACUUUAAAUGCAGGGGUGGAUCUUAACUGUGGAUCAUUCCUGGCCAAAAACGGUGAAUCUGCUGUAAACAAGGGACUGGUGAAUGAAUCAGUGAUUGACAGAGCUCUCACGAACAAUUUUGCCACCUUAAUGAGACUUGGGUUCUUUGAUGGUGACCCCAAAAAACAACUCUAUGGAAAUCUAGGACCAAAAGAUGUGUGCACCCCGGAAAACCAGGAGCUUGCCCGUGAGGCUGCUAGGCAAGGAAUUGUGUUGCUCAAGAACACUGCAGGAUCACUGCCUCUAUCCCCUGCUGUCAUUAAAUCCUUAGCUGUUAUUGGACCAAAUGCUCAAGCAACUCACACCAUGCUUGGCAAUUAUGAAGGUGUUCCGUGUAAAUAUGUGACGCCAUUACAGGGUCUAUCAGCCUCAGUCUCAACGGUAUUCCAGGCAGGAUGUUCCGAUGUGUCCUGUGCCACUGCUCAAGUGGACGAAGCCAAGAAAAUUGCAGCAGCAGCUGAUGCGGUGGUUCUGGUAAUGGGCUCUGAUCAAUCAAUCGAGACGGAGGGCCGAGACAGAGUAAACAUCACUCUUCCAGGACAACAGUCGUUGCUAAUUUCAGAGGUUGCAAGUGUCUCCAAGGGACCUGUGAUCCUGGUUAUAAUGUCGGGUGGAGGCUGGGAUGUACAAUUUGCAAAAGAUAGCCCCAAAAUUACCAGCAUUCUCUGGGUUGGUUUCCCCGGGGAAGCAGGUGGAGCUGCAAUAGCCGAUGUCAUAUUUGGCCUACAUAAUCCUAGUGGAAGGCUACCAAUGACAUGGUAUCCCCAAUCAUAUGUUGACAAGGUCAGCAUGACAGAUAUGCACAUGAGACCAGACCCUGCCACAGGCUACCCUGGAAGAACAUAUCGAUUUUACAAGGGACAAACUGUUUAUUCAUUUGGAGAUGGAUUGGGCUACUCCACAUUUACGCACAGCCUAGUUCAGGCACCCAAGGUCGUCUCAGUUCCCCUGGAAGAGGGACAUGUUUGUCGUUCGUCGUCGUCGACAUGCAAGUCCAUUGAUGCAGUUGAGCAGAGCUGCAAGAACCUAGGCUUCAAUAUCCAACUGAGAGUGAGAAAUGUGGGGACGAUGAGUGGAAGCCAUACGGUGUUAUUGUUUUCCUCUCCCCCCUCAGUGCACAAUGCAGCUCAAAAGCAUUUGUUGGGCUUCCAAAAGCUCCAUUUGACUCCACAAACAGAAGGCCUGGUGAAAUUCAAUGUGGACGUUUGCAAGCAUUUGAGCAUGGCUGAUGAGCUAGGGAACAGGAAGGUGGCUGUGGGAGAGCAUGUGCUGCAUGUAGGAGAUUUGAAGCAUCCCUUGACUGUGAGGAUAUAAACGAAAUUCCACACGGUGAUUAUUUUCUUUUUCCUUUUUUCUUUAAAGAAAGAAAGAGGAAAUUGCUACAAUAUUGAAAUCAAAGCCUUGAAUAAUUUGAGACAAGUGUAAGAAAUGUGUAUUUUUUCUUUCACUUUCGAAAGAUGGAAAUUCUUGGUUGCAUUUGAAUUGAUAAAUUUGGUUGGAUUUGGAUAUUAUUAAAUCCUUGACUCA